AUGUCAAGGCAAUGUGGCUGUGGUAAACGAUCUAUUCUGAACAUCCAGUCGAAUGUACGACGCGGUGGCGCAACCAGAGCGCUUGGAAAUACCGGAAAGCGGCCGCCUUCGAAAAUAGAAUUGCGCCGCCAGUCCUCCUCUGACAGCAAAUUUCGCUUCCAAUCUUUCUUCUCUACCAACAGUGCCAGGAUGAAUCCUCCACCCAGCUGGGCACUUCAGAUGCCAGGCUUCAACUGCCCCUUGGAUCUCCCUCCCGACGCAAAUGUAAUUUCUGGAUAUAUCUCUGGUUUUCCAAGUGCACUGGAUCCAGAGCAUAUUAAAUCUGGCAGCCUCGACGCGCUCGUUACCCACCGAGAGAUUGUCAUGAUGCAAAUUAUGAACCACAUCACCGACAAGACUGACUGGGGUCGCAAAGUCUUUGACAAGCGCAUCAUGACCAAGUGGCGUGAGGAGGUUUACUCCAGCGGACAAGACGUGACACCCAAGAUGAUGGAUUGGAUUAUCCGGGAACUACAAUGGAAAGCAAACAUCCUAGAACGAACAGGCUUUGUGGAAGUGUUUGGCGGAGUCGUUAAAUCCAACAAUGCUAUUCCUAAGGAGCUGCAAAUGGCUCUAGGCCAAGCAGCGUUUUUCUUUGAGGAUGUCCCAGAAGAUGAGAAAGACUUCCAUCCAGGCUCCGAUAACAAAGUAGUCGACCUAGUGCAUCCAUCCCUCUUCCCGAUGAUUUAUGGUCGAACCCAUGUACUACCUUAUCGGACCAUUGGCCUACAUGACUGUCUGGACAGCAUUGGAGAAGGCGAGUUGCUUCGAGCCUCCCCGGAAAGGAAUCCCAAAUUCCAGUCUCACAAGCGUCCUCCUCCAUUCAGUACCAAAUUCCAGUGGCUACCCUGUGAGGUGAAAAGGACCCAAGGCGGCUGUUCUAUUGUGUCCUACAUCAAUAACGCACAUCCUAUAAAACACAAGGGCCUGUAUGAUGUUGUCGAGAAAAUCCUUUCAAGAACGAUGCCGCUCUGGGAGCAAUCUUUGUCCGAGAAAACAUUCCAGGGCAAACGGAUUCAGUUUACAAGGGUUAAGUACGAAAAUGAUAUUGAGCCCGAGCCCGAGCCGAAUGAAGAUACUGAAGAUUCUGAUUAUGAUGAAUAUGAAGAGCGUCUUAGCGCGUGGUAUGAACGUCGCAAAAUCAUUCUUCCCGAGCCAGGAGAAUUCCACAUCCCAAGACCUGAGGAUAAUAGGGUGAACUUCUUGAAGCACUUUCCUGAAGGCAACUUUCAAGUAAUUGUGAAAUUGGCAAAUAUAGAGUUGACACCAGAGAAGCCCAAAUAUGAAGGAGGUACCUGGCAUAUUGAGGGACAAUUGAAUGAACGCAUCGUUGCAUCGGCUAUCUACUACUACGAUAACAAGAAUAUAAGCCCAAGCUCGAUAGCCUUCCGCCACCGAGGAAUGGACGACUUCUAUGGUAUCUCCUACGAGCAAGAUCGACAUGAAUUUCUGCAGCAGGUUUACGGGUUUCCCCAAGAUUUUGCUAGGAAUUCUUGGAAUUCUGGGCAGAUUACGCAAGAGUUGGGCAGUGUGACAUCUGAAGAGGGCCGUCUCAUCACAUUUCCCAAUACCCUUCAACAUAGAGUGUCACCGUUCUCCCUAGAGGAUCCUUCUCAGCCUGGACACCGAAAAAUUCUUGCCAUAUUCCUUGUGGAUCCUCAUCACCGUAUCGCUUCCACUGCUAAUGUCCCGCCACAACGGCAGGACUGGCGGAAAGAUGCUGGCCAUUCAGACGCACAAAAGUCGAUUACUAUGGAGGAAGCAAAGGCUUACCGAGCCGAGCUUAUGAUCGAACGUGGGCUCAAGUCAGAGGCAAACAAUGUUAAGUAUCAAAAAGGAUCUUUCAACCUUUGUGAACACUGA